AUGCCCAAAAUCAAAGGGGCUGUUGAGCAACGGAGCAUAAAACACAACACAAACAUCGAUCUUUCUACCGCUGAAAACUGGCUUAUUCGACCAGAGUUGAUUGAACUGUGCAGAGAUGCUAUCACGCAACAGCUUGAGGCGCAACAUUUUUCGUAUCCACGUGGCUUCUCUGGCGACCCAGAUCUUCUGGAUGCGUAUGCGUCUUUCUUCAACAGAUAUUUCAACCCACAUGUUACGGUACUUCCGUCCCACCUGUCCACCGCUCCUGGUGCAAUGGCCUGCAUAGACGCAUUGUUGUACAACAUUUGCGACCCUGGCGAUGGGAUUCUGGUACCUGGUCCUUAUUGGAAUGGUUUCGAUUUCGGGAUGCGUGUUCGAUCAUCCGUCAAUCCUGUCGCAGUGGACCUUCCUUCAUUCCAAUCGAACUUUACUGACGAAUUGCUUCCGUCGUUAGAAGAGGCAUACAUAUCAGCCAAGUACCCCAUCAAGGCGCUCAUGAUAUGCAACCCUCACAAUCCUCUUGGUCUCUACUACCCGAGAGCUGUGUUGGAAGGCUGCAUCCAGUUUUGCAAGAGACACGGCAUCCAUUUCAUCUCUGACGAAGUCUAUGCGCUGACUAGCUUCGAUGCUCCGGACCUUGCUGAACCUCGCGAGUUUGUUUCUGCUUUAUCCUUAGAUCUAGACAAACUUGGAGCAGACAAAUCGCGCGUACAUGUGAUCUGGAGUACGAGCAAAGACUUCGGUCAGAGCGGUUUCAGAAUGGGAUGCACUGUUACACAGUUCAACGAAGAAAUGGCUGUUGCAUUAGCGCUGGCAGCCAACACCCAGAUCUCUGCGCUCUCUACGAUCUUCGUCACCAAUCUUCUCACAUCACCAAAGCUUCCCUCGCUCAUUGCGCUCAAUUCGCAAAGGCUUUCCAUCGCUUACCAGAAACUGACGUCCUUCUUUAAAGAGAACCAAAUUCCAUACAUCCCCUGCAACGCUGGACUGUAUGUUUUCGCAAAGAUGGCAACAAAAGCGACGUCCUGGGAUGAGGAGUCCGACGUGGUUGGGCUAUUGAAAGGCGCAGGUGUGUUAGUAUCUCCUGGGAAAGCAUAUCACGGGCCAGAGAAGGAGAAAGGUUGGAUGAGAGUAGGCUUCUCAGUCAAGGAUACCGAUUUGGAGAAGGCAAUCCAAAGAAUUAGACGGGUAGUUGAAAAUAUGAGAAGGUACGAGAGAAAAGAUUCGCUGGGUAUCUCAUCGAAACGCUCGGCAUCGCCACCAAUAGAGGUGGAUCAGCCCGUCAAGAGGGUGAAGAUCUCCGCUGCAACUUAA